AAUAGCCAUGUAUAAACAAAACUGAGCAUUAAGAGAGAGGAGCUAUCGCCAGAAUAAGGAUAUUGAAAUGUUAAAACAUUUCAAUGAUUCCUAUAGAGAAGAGAGUUCAUUUGGAUUCGAUGUGCAACGGUCGCGGCACGUGUUCUUGUUGAAAGUGUUUUUGGAGGAAAAGCGCGAACGAGUGUAAUGACGCAUCCAAAGUUCGAAAGAUUCUAGGAUUUACUUAUUUUAGCAGAAAUUUAGUUGAUCCUUUUAAAACUUCUCAAAUAGUUACUAGUGGUGUGUGUGGUGAAGUUAUAAAAAGUUUCUAUCUCUGUGUUCAUAGAUAAGUCCCCAUUUUACUUAAAUAUUUUGAAAAAUGUGAAGUGAAGAAGUUUUAAGAAGAAACAAUUAAUAUGGAUUUAGGUUAGCCACCAUCCAAUUCCAAGGAAUUUAUGAGCAGCCUAAUAUCGUAAAUCACAGACAAAGUGUGGUUACCAAACCGUCAAACAUUCGCAUUGCCGGUGAGUUUACGGAUUAGAUGACAACAUGACCCUCUGAGCUGAUUUGCCACCCCUUAUUGGAAAAUGUCUCCGUUUCAUAUAUAGCAAGUUCUUUUUAACUGUCAUAAGUUUACAAUUUAAUGCAUACAGUCUAAUCGCAUACUUCGUAUCGUAGCUUAAUAAAACAUUUUGGCUUAUUAUCCUUCACUAAUUUUCAUUUACCGCGUAUUUGAAAUCUUGUAAAACUGUAUGACGUCACAUCGCAUGACUAACAUCAACACAAUCGCCACUGCAACGAGGUACAACACUGAUUUGGUAUUCUUUCAAGGAGGAUAUUUAUAUCAGAAUGACUUCCAUACGGCAAAUACUUUGGAUAGGCCUUCUUCUGAUAGUUACCAUUCUAUCAGAAGUUGAUGCCAUGGAUCCAAAAUUCGAUCCGUCGACACGAAUGCGUCUAGUCCUGAUUCCAGCUGAUGCCACAGUUGGGUCUGUUAUUUACAGGCUUCGUGCAACUGAUGAGGAAUUCGACUAUCCAUUAACAUUCGAAUUAACCGGGAACGUGUCGUCACCUACGGUACAAAUUGAAUCACUUCCAUGUACAAAAUAUAAUUCAGUCUGCCAAGCAAAUGUAAUACUUCUAAGGAGAUUGGAGCCAGGACGAUAUUAUGAUUUUCAGGUCUCCGUCAAGGACACAAAAGGUGGAAUGGCCACACAGCUGUGUUCAAUAACUGCAACCAAUUUCACAACGCCUCACGACACUAUUUUCCCACACAAGCCAGGAAUUAUACUGAUCCCAGAGGAUGCAAAACGUGGAACCGAAUUGGAUUACGUGAUAGCCCGUAAAAACCCACUUUUUUCUAAGCCUGUCUAUUUGGAGCUAUGGGGUUCGCCGCUGUUUGCGAUCCGCCAAAAAAUUGUUUCGCCGGAUACGACGGAGGGUACUAUUUUUCUUCUAGGACCACUUGACUUUGAGAAGCAAGCAAUGUACCACUUGACUGUUCUGGCGAAUGAUGCUUACGCGGAGCCCGGUCAAGACACGCGAAAUAUUGCGGGGCUGGAAGUCGUUGUCAUCGUACAAGAUGUCCAGGACGUGGCUCCCGUGUUUCGGGUGGCACCGCCAGUUACGAAACUUCCACCGGGACUGAUACCCGGCGAUAAGGUACUUCAAGUUCAUGCUGAAGACGGCGAUAAAGGUAAUCCGCGAGAGAUUAGAUACGGCCUCGUCUCCGAAGGAAAUCCAUUUACUUCGUUCUUCAACAUCAACGAUACUACCGGUGAAAUAUUUUUAGUACGACCUUUGGAUGAGAUAGCAGCCAUCACUCACAUCGGAGAUCCCGUCUUAUUAACAGUAAUUGCAGAGGAGGUUAAGGUUGGUCGUGACGAACCACCGGCCAUGGAUACAACUGUCGAAUUGGCAUUUUUCUUGCCGGAACGCAGUAAUUCACCGCCAUACUUCGAAAAUGAUCAUUACGUUUCUCGCAUCGAUGAAAACGCUCCACAAGGAACAGCACUCACAUUCAACGACCCAUACGUUCCUCGAGUCUACGACGACGACACAGGUAAAAAUGGAGUAUUCUCGUUGACUCUUCUAAACAACAAUGGGACUUUCGAAAUAUCACCAAAUGUCGCGGAGAGAAGUGCCUCCUUUCUAAUCCGUGUACGUGACAAUGAAUUUCUCGACUACGAGGAAAGGAAAUCUGUUGAAUUCCAGAUAUUAGCGCAAGAACUUGGACCAGCAACGAACCUCUCGGCAAUGGUUAAUGUCACCGUUUUUAUAAACGAUGUAAAUGAUAAUCCUCCGGUGUUCAGUGAAUCUAUGUACACAGUAGAAUUACCAGAAAAUAUGACGGCCGGAACGAAAGUCGUUCAGGUUCACGCUGAAGACGUUGACACUGGUAUGGGUGGUCACGUUCGUUACACACAAAUAUUAGGUUACUUGAACACCUCCCUCAACCUGGAUGCCGCGACAGGGUUAGUCACAGUAUCUACUGACAAUCAUGGAUUCGAUCGUGAAGUCAUGCCCGAGUACCACCUCUACAUCGAAGCUCGUGACAACGAGGGAACUGGAAACCGGGCCCAAGUGCCAUUAAUCAUUAAAAUGAUUGAUGUUAACGAUGAGACGCCUAUUUUCGAGAAACCCGUCUAUGAAUUUAUCCUGUCGCCAGACCUGAGAAACUUCACGACACCGGCAUUCAUCAAAGCCAUUGAUAAUGACGCCACACCCCCCAAUAACGAAGUUCGCUACGAAAUAAUUAAUGGAAAUUAUGAGAAUAAAUUCGAUUUAAAUAAGAUGACAGGCGAAAUAACCGUGCGAGAUUUGAUUGUUCUUCAAAGGAGGAACAAACGGAAGAGGAGACAGAUAAACAGUAGCAAUAAGAACGAAGAUAGUGAGGUAUUCGUGCUUACGGCUCGUGCCUAUGACUUGGGCGUCCCAGUAAGAUUCUCAACGACUACUAUAAGAAUUUAUCCACCCGAAAGUCGAGCAAGGACUGUAACAUUUAUAGUGCCAGGAUCCAAUCCGGAUAGAAAGAAGACUGAAGAAACCUUGUCCACUAUUACUGGCGGACACGUCACUAUACAAGAUAUUAGGCCGCUAGUCGGCGAUGAGCCUGGUGCUAAGAAUCUGGGCGGUGAUGCUAAGGAAAGAAGUGUCGUAACAGCAACGGUGCUUUACGAUGGUAAUUCAUUUGUAGAUAUUUCUCAAAUCCAACAACGGUUAUCACAACAUAAUAGUUCGUAUACGAUAAUGACAAGGGAGGAACAAAGUGAGACAAUCUACAGAGCUGAAAACCGACUGUUAUUUUGGCUCCUCAUUUUAUUAGCUGUUCUUAUAGCAGUAACCAUCUUAAUUUUGCUUUUGUGCUGCAUAUGCUCAUGGUGUCCGCUCUACAGUGCUGCAAGCAAAAGAGUUAUAAAUGUCGGUAGUACUGAAGACGAUGUUCAUCUAGUUCAUAGAGAAAAUGCAAAUGGAAAACAGACAAAAUCUGUUCAGGUCGCGGAAUGGAUGGGAAGACGGGAAGCGUGGUCAGCGGAGAAGACAUCAGACCCCAGAACGAAACCGACCCGGUGGGAAUUCAGUCGCCGUGUCAACUAUAACGAAAAACUAGCUGAUGACGGUGGCGAUCAUAUUGAUAGUAUAGAAAGCGACCGUCGAGCCCGAUCCGCUGAUGAUCGCAAAAUUAGGAUUAAAAAUCAUUUAAAAGAUAUGAAUGCAGCCAAAGAAACUCAUUUCCAUAAUUCUAGAACAAACUUGAUCAAUGAUCGUGAUGCGUACAUUGAGGAUGUGGUCGAUGAACACAACGAGUCACAUAUCUAUCGCAAUCAGUAUAAAUCUAAACAUGGGACAGUAGCAGAGGAGCGCCAUAUUGACGACGACUCAAUGCGACGUCAUGAAAUUGAUCGUGGCAGUGAUAUUGACUAUGGUGGAAGGAGCAGUUUGAAAAGACAAUCCAAUCGGGAAUUAUACAUCAAAGAUGGUAACGCAGAAAUCCUACAGUUGAUGACUAGAGGAAAGCAGGACGAAGAGAAUAUUUACGUGAACGUGCCACCUAAAGCCGGAACUUUGACUCAACCACAAUUCGUGAUGGUGGAUAAUAGUGGGAAAGAAAUUCUUAUGCGAAGGUUCAUAGAGGAACAACCAGACGGCAAGCAGAUAAUCAGAGAACACUACCAGAUAGUACCUGGAGCAACCUACAUUCAAACUAUGCCCAACGAAGUACAAAAUAUCCAAACUACGACUGACCUUUAUGGGACCAAAUCAGGUGCAAAUAGUGUGGUUUACUCCCAAAUGGAACCCGAAGUAAAAGUCAUUCACACUCAGCCAGUUCAAGGCAAAAGCCAGUUAGACGACGAACCCCAGUUGCAGCCGGCAGUAUCCAACCAGUCCCUUAUUCAGCAGGAACUUGAGCAAUCCUUGAAACAACAAAAUGCAUUGCUCCGACAAAUCCUUCUUGAAAAAGAAAAACUAGAGGAACGGUAUAAUCAGCAAGAAGUCGCCCUUGAAACUCAGAGUCUUCCAUGCCACUCGAUGGCCAUAGCAACUCAAACUGAUUGUGAGGCUGGAACUCAGACAGAUGCUGUCCCAACGUCAGCGCGAAGAAGAGCGCGUAGUGAAAACGAUGAUUCUAUGUCAGACGAUGAUUAUGAAUAUAUCCGUUACAGUCCUCCCAAUAGCCCCAAUGGUGUAUAUUGGAUCAAGCGAAAGCGUCACAAAAAGAAAAUCAGAUACAGACCAGCUGAUAAACCACGUAAAAGGAUUGUGAUGGUUGAGGAGGUAAAGAGAAAAAUUCGAACACCAAUAAAAGAAGAAAGUGAGGAAGCAGAAUACAAGAGGCGGUCACCGACGAAAGAGAAGAAAGUCGCCAUGUUGAAGAAAAUGAAAGGAGAUAGUAGCUCAAAAGCAAAGCUUAAGCAAUCGAAAUCUUCAUCACUAGACAAAGAUCUCUUGAUGGAGAUUUCCGAUUCCCUUGACGAGCAGGCAAGCCCUGAUCUCAAAGAUCGAAAAAAACAUCGAAUACAUGUUAAGGAGGUUGCUUACUAUGACUCGCAGGGAGAAUCAGACGGCGAUGAAAUUGUCAUCCGCCGUAAUACCUAUUCCGAAAGUGGUGAGGAGUAUACAGAUGAUGACGACUCACGACACAUCGAAAUUAGAGUUAGAGAUGGCCGCAGUAGAUCAUCCUCUCGCCGUCAGUCCUCGCCAGAUCAUAAGAAAGAAUCAACUUCACAACAGUCUCAUAAACCAACCAAAUCAGUACCUGCAACACCGCCCUCAAAACCGCGUCUUUCCCGAAAAGAUGCCGUCACAAGCAAAGAACCAAGACGACAAACAACCUCCGAACCACCAAACCGUGCCUCAAAAAGACCAGCUCCCAAGCCCCCAGCACCUGACAAACAAAAGCAACGAGGCAGUCGUCUAUCAGCCCAAAGCGAAACUGACCUUGUUGAAAGAGUAGAUCAUGAAGACGUGGAAAGUACAAAGAGCGUGCCCAAAUAUAUGGAGUGGUACUACGCGAAGAAAAAAGGCACCACUGACUCAGAGGGGCCUUCGAAAUCUGAAGACCACAAAUCGGAUAAAGUGAAACCAAAAGCUGGUACAAAGAAACCGAGUGGAGGCAGUGACAGACGCCCUGGGAAAGCUCGCCCAGCAAAACCUCAGGAACAGCAGGAUGAGGGUAAACAAAAACCAGAACCAAUGCCUCGCAAAUCACCCCCUAAGGGAGCACGUCUUCUGAAAGAAGACAUUCUGGUGAACAAAAAUUUGAAACCCCGUAUUGAAACUGAAGCAAAUCACCCCUUGCUUCAGCACUCCGAGCAUCAUUUCGAGAGAAAAUACGACCCUGCCCCUGACAUACCAGUUCCUCCAACAAAGCUGCCACACUAUCUAUACCCAGAGACCCCUCCAUUUGUCAGUGGCGACAGCAAGAAAAAGUCAAAGGACUUCAAACCAAAACCGUCUCCAAUCAAAGAAAACGAAGUGAAAGUGUCGUCAACUGGAACGACCGUUUACAUCGACGGUAGUUCGUCUCGGAAAGCUUCUACUGCCCAAAGUCAAUCAAAACAAUUAAACGCUGCCACCUUGGAAGAUGACCAUGAUUCCGGAAUUGCCAUGAAUUCUCUGCUUCACAGCAUGGGUCGGCGAAACCCGAUUGCUGAAAAGAAAAGCGUGUUCACCAUUGCCUAUGAUAAUGUCAAUCAAGUGAAGCGAAUCCCAUCUGAAAGCGAAUCACCGCCAUUUUCAUAAUCCGCCAUUUUACUUUUCUCGUUGAGAAUUGAAUGUGCUACUGUUGUGAUAUUCACUAAUUUUUUCACAAGUUUAGAGUAUUUUUAGGGAAAGGACGAAUAAGCAAUAAGGUUCGAAAGGAACUUGUGCGCAAGCACAAAUCUUUCCUCCGAUACACUGAAUGCAUUCAGUAUUCCUGUUUACGUUGCAAUAAAGCACUAAAUGCCAUUUCAGUAAUAUUUAUAUUGUGAUCUGUUCCGCUGCCAUACAAUGUUUAUUACAAAUGGCGAAAUAUAAAUAAUAUAAACCGGAAUGCGAAUACAUUUGGACGCCUGGCAUAUUCUGCUAAGCUAACGAAGUGGAAUGAAGGCAAAAUUACUGGUGCAAGUUUUUGUUUCCAACACAAUCAUUAUCUCCUUUUUAAUUAUUCAAAAAGAUAUUCCUUGUUACAAAGUAGUUUUUAGUUCACAAUCAAUUCCCUGUAAAUAUUUUAUUCCUUAGCAAUAAUCAAAAUGAUUUACACAUUCCUAGAGUAAGACUUAUUUUAAAGGAUGUGUGUGAGAAUGAACGCAAGGAAAGAAUGCCGUUAAUUACGGAAAAUGUAAAAAGAAAAAUAGUUGAAGUAAGUUAGAUACUUUUUUAUUGUAACUUGUAGUUAUUUUCUAAGCAAAAAGUAUUAAACGACGCAUAGAUAAAUAUUCAAAUAUCAUUUUCCCCUUCUAGUAUUGCUCACUACAUUUUUAAAGCAACUUUGAACUGUUCAUUCCCUUUUGAUUUUUUAUUGUUAAUGGAAGCUAGUGAGGAAAGUAGAUAAAAUAUUAAUAAUUCUUUGUACUUGUAUAAAUUAAUUUACUUAACCUUUUUGAUAAGAAAAUAUUAUUAUUAGAUAAUUAUUGUAAUUAUUACCUAGUCAAGACAUUUCAAAAUUUGUCAAAAUAUUUAGAAACUUCUCUGUUAACUCUUGACAUUGAAAAAGUCUAAAAAUAAUA